CUACUUCCUGACUCAAAUGAUAAAACCGUGGAGAAGAAGUCAAACCGAAAGAAAACAGGACAGCUCGAAGAGUGCGGUGGCAGUGGUAUUUAAAAAAAAAAAAAAGUAUACAUUUUGCAUACAGUUGAGUAAAUUGGCUGUUCUCUCUAUUUAAUCGUGUCUUAUCUCAUUGGCGUCUCAUUAACUGACUACGUAGCUUCGUUAGUAGAAGAAGCCGGCGGGAAAUACUCGCCCAGCCGACCCAAGCCCUGUGCAAGUGGAUGUUGCAGUGCGGUCUGGUCAGGGGAUCCAGUGUGUGAUGGACCUGCGCCUGCUGUCUCGUAUCGAUGAGGAGCUGGACUCCUCUGAGGUGGCUGCCCUGUGCUUCCUGUGCAGAGAUGUGCUCAAUAGGAAACGCCUGGAGACGGUGGCAGAUGGGCAUGGCCUGUUCCUGAGGCUGCAGGAGAAAAGCCUGCUGAAGGACCACUACUUCCUGUCCCAACUCCUCUCUGUCAUUGGUCGACUGGACCUUCACCGCCUCCUGGAGACCGACAGCAGACAGCCGGAGCAAACGGCCCACACCCAGACAGACUCAUGCCCUGCCCUCUCACAGUACAGGAGGAUGUUGUAUAAGGUCUCAGAAGAUGUAACUAAGGAGAAUCUCACUAAGAUGAAGUUUUUGCUGAGUGACAAACUGCCCAGAGGACGACUGGAUCCCUGCACUACUGCUCUGGAGGUGAUGUGUGAGAUGGAGAGGCAGGAGCUGCUGACAGAGGACAGACUGGAUGAGCUACAGAGGAUACUGGAGGAGUGUGACACACAGCUGGCCCACACAGUACGGCAGCAUAGAGAAGCAAGGGGCAGUGUGUCACGGCAGGAGUACUCUGUUCAGCCAAUCAGUAACCAGGAACAACAACUCAGCUCCCCUCAGUCACUACAGAGCCUGUCUAUAUCAGAGACACGGCCCAACUGUAAGUCUCACACACACACAGACACACACAGACACACACAGGUAGUUGAAGUGUGUUCUUGUCCCUUGUCCACAGGUGAACGUGGGCAACGCACAAGGUUGUACUCUGAUGCAAUGACGGAAACUCAGCCUGGGUCUGGGUCUGGGCCUGACCAGGUGACCACUUCACCGACGCAAUCCUGGAAGACCUCUGAGAUGGAGCACUAUUCCAUGACCUGUAAUCCUCGGGGGACGUGCUUAAUCAUCAAUAACUACCACUUCAUGGGAUUUUCAGGUCUGACAGACAGACCAGGAACUGAGCAGGACGAGAAGGCUCUGCAUAAUGUGUUCUCCAGGUUGGGGUUUAAAGUGGAAGUGUGUAGCGACCUGACAGAGAAGACCAUGUUGGGUGCGGUAGAGGAGCUUGCAGGGCGGAGUCACAUACAGGCAGACGCUCUGGUGGUGUGUGUGCUGUCCCAUGGGGAGAAGGGUUGUGUGCUUGGGACAGAUGGGGGGGGGGUGCCCAUUCGCUCCCUCACACAACCCUUCACCAGCAAGCAGUGCCCUUCUCUGAUGGGCAAACCCAAACUGUUCUUCAUCCAGGCCUGCCAGGGGAAGGGCUUCCAGCAAGGGGCCCUAUUCAUCCCCUCCAUAAGGCAGAGCAAGGGGCGGUAUGAGGCAGACGCCGGCGCCAUCGAGUCCAUCCCCUGGGAUGCAGACUUCCUGAUCGGUAUGGCAACAGUAGAGGAGUGCAAGUCAUUCCGAAACACUAAGGAAGGUUCCAUCUACAUCCAGGAGCUCUGCAAACAGCUGGAGUGGGGAGCGGACAGAGAGGAGGAUAUUCUGUCGGUGCUGACGCGUGUGAAUCGUGAGGUCAGCAGAGGAGUGUAUAGAGACUCCAAACAGAUGCCCGAGCCCAAGUACACCCUCACCAAGAAACUCUUCCUCCCCUACUUCUGAAACACCUCUGGUUGGCUGACUUAAAGCGUCAAAUCUUGUCCUUCCUUCUGGAUGGAGACACUUCAGAAAGGCUGUCAUGUCUGAACAGUAAGCUGUCACUCUCAGGAACCCUACCACAGCAGCCUCUACUGUGGCCCAUCUCCCAUAAGACAGUGUGUUGAACAUUGGUUGGCAUGUCUGAUUUCCUGAAAGAUGUUUCAAACUCAUGAGAUUUUAAUAAAUUUUUCCAUUAAAUGCU